CACCGAUUAUUUUUUACUAGUCCUGAAGGAAAACCACGACUUGUUAAAUGAAUUCCUAAACCGUUUGAUUUUUGAAACGUUAUAAGUAAGCUGUUAUUUUUUUAAAUUCUAGCAAAACAUUUAUAAGCUGUACCGCUCAAGAAUUGUGUUCUAUGCCAAACUUAAUUAGCAUUUUUUUUCUAAUAUUUCAAUUCUUGAAAAGUUUUCAAUUUAAUUUUAUUUUGUAAAACUUUUUUUGUAAGUUUUUUUCAAUAAUUAAGUGAUUUUUUCCAAUACUGCAUUUCGAUCACAUACGCAUAGCAUAACAAACAUGGGAGAUGCAACUCAAAGUAUGUUCGGCUUACUAGUAAGUGGACGACUGGUUCGUACGGAUUUUGAACGACUUGAAGAAACUAAAUUUAUGAUUAAUAUUCAAUCGGCUGAAUCUGUCAAUUAUAUUUGUGUCUUUUUGACUGGGCUCAUUCCGUUUCCUGAAGGAACCGCCGGAUUUGUUUACUUUAGUUGGCCUGAUGAACACGCACGGCCAAACUGGCAGUUGUUGGGCACAUUGUCAAAUCAAAAACCAUCUGCUAUAUACAAACUUUCAAACCUUAAACAACACAUAGAUUUAACAAAUCAACCAUCAAAUGCUUUUAGUCAAUUUCCAUCUGUAACAAUAAAUGCUCAAAUUGGUAUCUCCAUUGAACCUCUGAUGGAUAUUGAAGCGCAGGUGGCCCAUACUGAAAACAUACAAAAUGUGUCCUUAUUCGUUGAGUUCACGCAAAAAAUGGUACAGAACUUGUUUAACUUUGUAAGUAGUUAUGCAAUCGACGCUGGUCCUCAACAAUGUCCUAUGGUACCAUUAGUAACAAUACAAAAGUGGUAUGAAAAUUUUGAACGAAAAUUAAAUUUAAAUCCAAAUUUUUGGAAAUCGUAAUUUGUUUGUAAGAAAACAUGUUUAAAAUGUGCCUUUAAAAUAUAAUAAUUUUAAUUUA